CGUGAAAACAACCCCAAAGCAACUUUUCCUUUAUUGUUUUUUUUUUUAAUUCAUUGUGAUUUGAUAUCAGAACUAGACGGGAAUGCGGAGCUCUAAUUCUGUGCGUAAAAGACCAAGUUGGAAACUAAUGGAUGUGCGUUUUUGCUGAAUAACCCGGAGAAUGUCAAAGAAAUACGAGCGCAUCUGGAGUGAGAGGAGCGUCUUUAGUUCUGGAGUCCAAAGAGUGAAAGGAGACCCUGAAGUAUGAACAACACCACGGUAACGCAGGGCAGGUUUCAGCCCCCCACCAUUCCAUCCAUUAUGUUCAUUUUUGGGGUGGUGGGUAAUGUCAUCGCCAUCGUGGUUCUCCGAAUAUCACGCAAAGAACAAAAGGAGACCACUUUCUACACGCUGGUGUGUGGUCUGGCAGUCAUGGACCUCCUGGGUACCACCCUGGCCAGUCCCGUCACCAUCGCCACCUACAUGAAGGGUUCCUGGCCUGGGGGGGAGCCGCUGUGCCAGUACUCCGGCUUCAUCCUGCUCUUCUUCUUUUUGGCUCAACUGAGUAUUUUAUUCGCAAUGUCAGUGGAAAGAUACUUGGCAAUAAACCACGCGUAUUUCUACAACGAAUACGUCAACCAAAAACUGGCUGCGCUCAUCCUUCUGGCCAUCUGCGUCGUUAAUGUCUUCUUUUGCGCACUGCCCAGUAUGGGACUGGGACAGGUGACGCUCCAAAAACCGGAGACGUGGUGUUUCAUCGACUGGAAGAAUAAAAGCACAACGGUCAUGACUUAUAAUCUGAUAUACGCAGGUGUUAACUCGGUCAUCGUUCUGGCCACUGUCAUUUGUAACGUCAUGGUGUGCGGUGCGCUCAUCCUCAUGCACAAGCGCUAUAUCCGGCGCACUUCUCUGGGAACGGACCAGAGGCGCAUAGCGGAGCUCCGGCGCAGACGAAGUUUUGGAAGAUUAGCAGGAGCAGAAAUACAGAUGGUUAUCCUGCUUAUAGCGACCUCCGUAGUAAUCCUCAUCUGCUCAAUACCGUUACUGUGGAGGAUCUUCGUGAACCAGCUGUACAGUAACCAGACGGAAGAGUCGUCAGGGCUGAAUAAAGACUUGCUGGCGAUCCGCAUGGCCUCCAUCAACCCCAUCUUAGACCCUUGGAUCUACAUCCUGCUCAGAAAGACUGUGGUCCUCAAACUGAUGGAGAAAAUCAAGUGUCUGUUCUGUAAAAUGGGCGGCCGGGGGCGAAGGGGAGGAGGACAUUUCCGCUGCGUGGACGGCCACCUGUCCUCCUCCAUCGUGUCUCGGGAUUCGCCGUCUCUGGUGUCACGUGAGCUGCAGGAAAUGGUGACCACGUCGCAGACUUACCUGUACCCGUCUGAGGAACACAGAGGGAGGCUGGGCUCAUUACGACUGGAGUCCAAGGGAGGCUCCGGUCCGACAGCUGUGGAGACUUUACAGAGGCUCCGGGAGGUCAACCAGGGGCCUCACAGGGGUCUAAAACAGACUGAUAUGGAGGACUCGUUUCCAGGAAGGACGCUGAAAGAACUGCCGGUGUGUCCUAAGGAUCCGGCUCUACAUGUGACCUUCACAGACGAGACCGCAAACACACAAGAGAAAUGCAUUUAGUGGACGCCGUUCAACACUGUAUGUGGACAGAAGAGCAAAACAGACCAAAGCACUGCGAUGGCAUGACUUCAACAUGUCUGAGGACUGAAGAGUUUGGACAUAUGUGACAUCCAGGACCAGGAAUUAACCCAUAAAGACCCAAACAUCCACUGAUCUAAACUGUUUCAUACCUGUUGAUCUAUUAAUCCCAUCAAUACGUGUAAAUAAUUGGUAUAAAAUACAGUUUGUCAUCUUUUUAUGGUC